AUGGAGAGAAAGGUAAAAGGCAGAGGCAUAUAUGGAAAAACUAAUUUAGUGAAUGAAUAUCAAAUUAAUAAUGCAAUUAAUUUAAAUCGCGAAGAAAAUGAAAAGAAUAAUAAAAACAUUGUAGUAUAUUCUGAUGAGUGCAACACACCGUGCUUUAUAAAUAAUAGUAUGAAAAAAAAUAAUAAAAAAAGAAUAAACAUAAAAAUAGGAAGUAAUAAUUCAGAUAAUAAAAAAUACACACAAAAAAAAAAUAAAAGUUUUAUUAAAAAUAUUGUUAAAAAAAUUGAAGAAGCAUAUAAAAAUCGAGUAAAAAAUAAUACAAAAUAUAUACUUCCGUCUAAAUACAAUUCUACAUUUUAUUUAAAUGAGUAUUUAAAUGUUGAGCCUACUAAUAAUGUAUUAUAUAGACGUAGAAUCCCAAAUGAAACAUUAUAUAAAAGCGAUUUUAAUAGAAUGAAUUUGAAGCCAUUUAUUCGAUGUAAUAGUUUACGAAACUUAAGCAUUAAUAAUAAUGAAGGAACAUCUAAAAACAAUAAAGCUAUUAUAAAAAUAUCUAAUGUUAGUCCAUUUGAAACGCUUACAAAGAGCAAUAUAAAUAAUUCUUCUAAAUAUUUCCAACCUUCUAAUUUUUAUGGAUUAAAUAAAAAUAAACCAGAUUAUAAUUUUAAUGGUAAUAAAAUUUCUCGAACAAAUUCUUUGCAUAAUACAAAAAUAUAUCGAGGACAAAAUGGGAAUAAUGAUCAUAAAAUCAGUUUUGGUUCUUUGGAUAGACGUAAUACAUAUAACUCAUUUGGUAAUUCUGGAAAAUAUAAUGCCACUAAUAAGGAAACUAAAAAAAUAAGACUACAUAUAAACAAAGAUGAUAAAGAAAAUAAUCAAAAUUUAAUUUCAAAAAUGGAUUGGAAGAAAAAUCAUUAUGAUCAAGAUAUGUGUUUAUCUAGCAAUAAUAUCAAUGAAACAAAAUAUCAUAAAAAAAAUAAACACAAAAAUGAAAAUAUCAAAACUAAUAUAUUCAUCCCAUCAAACAGCUCAAAAAAUAACCAUAUAGAAAAUGAAAAUAAAAAUAAAAAUAAAAAUAAAAAUGAAUAUAAUAUGAACAAUGUAAGUACAAAUAGACAAAAUGAUAUGGGAAGUCAAGUAGAAGAAUUGUGUUCUGCUUAUGGAAGUAGCAAUAUUUCUUUUAGAGCACCUUCAAAAAAUGUUAUAAAUGGUAGAAUAAAAUAUUCAAGUGUUGAUACAAAAAUAGACGAAAUGGAUAAUAUAAAAAAGAAUGAUGAUAUGAAAAUUUGUAGGAAUAGAGGAUCCAGUUAUGUAGAAAAUGAUACAAUGGUGAGCAAUCAUCAGUAUGAUAACGAAAACUUUGAAAAGAAUAAUUUUGAUAUAUACAAUAAAUCAGAAUGUGAAAAUAAAACAUUAUUUUAUAAUAAAAGGAAAGAAAUGAAUGAAUGCAAUAGUACAUUAACAGACAAAAUGGAUGAUAGUAACAAAUUGUGUUUAUACAAACAAAAAGAAGAUUUAUCAUUAUGCGCUAGGUUUAACAAUGAUAAAAAUACAAAUCGAAGUUAUGAAAAUAAUUCAUUUAAUAGUGAAGAUGAAAAUAAUAUUUCUAAACAAAUGUCUAAUACAAUAGACUCUAAUAGAAUGAUAGACAACAUAUCUAAUCGAGAAAAUAGUAAAGUAUGCUUAAAAAAAGACGGUAAAAAAGAAAAAAUAAAAUUAAAUAAUAUUGGAAAUUGUAAAAAUUUCUAUAUAUUGAAAGGAGAAAUGUUGAAUAUUUUGGAUUAUAAAGAAAUAAAAGAUAUAAAUUCCAAAAGCAAUCAUAGUAGUUUAACCAACAGUAAUCUAUAUACAAAGGGAACAUCAAAUGAAAGUGAUAACAAUGGAAGUAAUAUUUAUUAUAGCGAUGAUGAAUGGGAAAUGAAGGAACGAUUUAAAAAUUUAAAAACAAUUACUAAAUCGGAUAAUAUAAAUAUGGCUAAUAGCAAAAAAUGUCAAAACAUAAAAUGUACGAAAUAUAGCCAAAGAAAAUUAAAAACAAAUUCACAGAAUAAACUAAGUACAAAUAAAUGGAAUGAUAGAAAUAGUCAGCAAAUAAUGAAAUGUGAUCAUAGUGCCAAAAGUGGGAAAUCUCGAAGCUCGAGCACAAAAAGUUAUCGAAAUGGAUAUAGUGAAAUGAGAUGUAAGGAAUAUAGCCAAAAUUUAAGAAAUGAUGAAAUGAAAUAUCCAAAAUUAGAAAAAUGCCUUUCAAAUGAAUUUUUGGCAAUAGAAAAUGAUGACUGUCAAAAUAGUGAUAAUAAUGAAAAAGAGAUAUAUCAAUAUAGUGAUAAAUCAAAAAGCCCAAAAUAUUCCCAUACAUCUAAACAAAGUAGAUUUAGUAAAUAUAAAAAUAAAGGAUAUAAUAAGAGCAACUAUGGUGAUAAAGAUAAUAAUUUUUUGAACAUUGAAAAAAAUAAUAAACAUGAAUAUGGACAAACGCGAUCAAAAAACGUAGAAAAUAGUAUAUAUCAUGCAAGUACAAGAUAUAGUAAUAAGAAUAAAAGGGAAAAUUAUGAUUAUUGUAAAAGUAAAGAUAAUAGUAUAUUAAAAACAAAUAGAGAUAAUAAUACUCAUAAAUCAAGUAAUACGCAUUUAACUUAUUUUGAUGUAGGAAAAAAUGAACAUACAAAUUGUGAAAUAUGUGAAUAUGAUAAAGAAUCAACAAACAAUUUAUGUCAAAAUGAAAAAAGGAAAGUAUAUAAAAAUAAUAAAACAGGGGAAGUUAAUAAGGAAGGAAGAUCUUCAAAUAUAAACAGGGAAAGCAUAUUUGCAUCUGACUAUAAUUCGUAUAAAAAAGAUGGACAAAUUCAAAAUAAAUCAAUGAAUAGUGGAAAUUAUAAGGAUUAUGAAAAUAUAAAAUCUAAUAGUAAAAUGGAAAAAACAAAUAAAAAAUGGGAAAAUAUAUCUAAAUGUAAAGAAAAAAAGGAAAUCGGUUAUUCUUCACAUUAUAGUGGUGAUUCUAAACGGAAUAAAAAAAAACAAAACAAGUUAGAUAGUAAUAAUACUUAUUGUAAAAAUAGUUGUAAACAAAGUGGAACAACUGGUAGAUCGAUUAAAUCAAGAAGAGAGAUAAAUGAAAUAAAUAUAUCAAAUAGCUUCGAAAAUAGUGAAAAUGAAUAUAAAAAGUCAGAAAAAAAUGAAAAUAUUUUUAAGAGUAAAAAUAGUUUGGAAAAUUCAAAAAUAGGGAUGAAAGGGAUCAGUUCAAAUUAUAUUAACGAAAGAAGAAAUAUAUAUGUAUCAAAUAUUUUAGAUAACAACCAUGAAGAAAACAAACAAAAUAAAUAUAGUGGCAAAGAACUUUGGUCUUCUAAAAGAGAAAAUAAAAAUGAACCCAAUGAAUAUUAUCAAAAUAUAAAUAAAAGAAUGAGCCAUUUGAGAAAAAAUGAUAGUAUGAACUUUAAUCCAACAAUUAUAAGUAAUAAACAUGGUAACGUUGAUAAUAUUAAAAAAGAUAAAUUUAAGAUAUCUUCAAAUUUAAAUACAAAUUAUAUGAGUAAGGAAAAUAAUAACAAAUCAGUUUGUGAAUCAUCUCAUAAUAGUCCCAAUGAUAGUAUCUAUUAUAAUUAUAAAAAUAAGCCAAGAAGAAAUUUAAAGAGUAUGUAUGAUGUAAAAAAUGAAACAUUAAGAUCAAGACAUGACGAUAUUUGUGAGUAUAAUGACAAAACAAAUAAAUCUAAUACUAAUUAUAAGGUGGUAGAAAAUUCAAACAAAGUAAAGAGUAAAAACAUAUAUGAAAACAAUACUUGCGAUAAAGGGGUAUGCAAAAAAGGGUCGAGAAAUCGAAUUAAAAAUUAUGUAAGUACUAAUCAUAUAAAUAGCAAUAAUAAUAAUAGUUGUAAUACAAUAUGUUUGGAUGAAAAAAAAAUAAAAAAUGAUGUAGAUAUAAAUAGAAAAUAUAAAAAAGGUAAAUCAAUUGAAUCUAAUUUUAAUAAUAAGAAUACAAAAAUGCAGAGAAGAAGGGGUAGUAGUAGAUUCGUAGAAAAUAGCCACUGUUUUGACAGCAAUGAUCAACAUUGUAAAAACUAUAAAAAUAAAUAUGAUAAAAUUCAAUAUUCAAAAAUGAAUAGUGUAAACAACUGUAUGAGUUCUGAGGAAAAUGACAAUGCAUUUCCAAAAAAUGCUGAAUAUAUAGAUUUGUGUAGUAAAAAAAAUCGAUUAAGCAAAAAUUAUACUACUAUUUCAUGCAAAGAUGAUAAUAGUAAAAAUAUUGGGGAAAAAAUAACAAGUAAAAUAAAUGAAGAACAAAUAAUAUAUUAUACUGAUACACCAGACUCAGAAAAGUCCAAAAGUCGGGAUUCAAAAAGACAUAAAAAUAUUUCUAAGAUGGGAUUGUCCAAUUAUUCAGAAAAAAAUAAUAAAAGCGAUAGGUCUAUAAAAAGGGUAAAAUCAAUACAUGGAAAAAUAAAUAAAACGGGUUUAAAUUUAAAUGAUAGUUAUAAAGAAUCAGCUAUAUCAAAUCGAAAGAAAACAAACGAAUCUAUAAAAGAACAAAUAUACAAUUCAAAUAGCAAAAAUAGAGAAAAAGACAUAGUAUACUACUCUGAUAGUGAAAAUGACCGCAUAUCGUACACAGAUUUAAAUGAUCAGAAAAAAAAAUCAAUAACAUCACAAAUUUCGAAUAGGUCAAAUAUGCAAAAGAGUAAAAGCAAAGAGAAAAACAUAAGUAGGGAAAUGAAUAGCAAUGAAAGUUAUAUUAUAGAUGGUAAUUGUGGAAAAAAUGAAAAUAAUUUUCAUAGUGAUAAUGAAGAACAUAAGAUGGGAACUAUGUGCAGUACCAGAACAAAUAAACAAAAUAAUGAAAAUAAUAAUGAAAAAAAAUUAGAGAAAUUUCAAGAUAAUAAUUCCUUACGAAAUUUGGAUGAAUACGUUGCGUCUAAUAAGCCGUCUAUAAAACAGGAAUCAAAAUGCUCAGAAAAUGAAGUUAUACCAAUAACUUAUGGAGUUGAUAAAAAUAAAAGUGAUGAGUAUAAAAAUAAUUAUCUUGUUUCAGAUGAAAUAAAAGGCUCAUAUUUACAUAAUAAUAAGUAUAAAGAAAAUUUAUCAGAAAUAAACAAUUUUAGUAAUGGUAUAAUAAAGAAUAGCAGUAGUGCCCCAAAUAAUCAUACAGUUUUUAAAAAAAUGUCGGUACCAUGUGAAAAUAAUAAUGUAAAACAUGGAACAAGCAAUUUUCACAUUGGAUCGUUGAAUGGUGUUAUAGGUCUGAAUAAAGCCAAUGAAUAUAUGAAGGAAGAGUUAAAUUAUUAUUUAUCAAAUAAUGGAAAUAACAAUAAUAACAAUAAUAUGAGAAAGCUUGGAAGUAUUCAAGUAAAUCCCGAAAAGGUUAAUACUCAAGUUAUUACAGAACAUAGUGUAUAUGGAAAGGAUAAAGAAGAUACACUUAAAAAUCCUUCUUCUGAUUUAAACAAGGAUAAAAGUUUUACAAAUGUUAUAAAUAACCAAAGAAAUAUGUGUAUAACUAAUAAUGGUAUUAGUACAGAAAAUUUCCAAAAUAGAAAUAUUCCUUUAAAUAAUAUACCAGUUAUAAAUAACAAUCCUAUAAAUAGAAAAUUUGUUCCAAUGGACAAUAGGAUUAUUGCUCCUAAAAGUUGUGUCUUAUCUUUUGAACAAAAUAAUUCAUUUCAGAGAAAUGACACGAGAGAUGUAAUAAAACAUUCUUAUUCAAAUCCAGAAAUUGAAGAAAAAAAAAACGAAGUUUUGCAUAAUCAUGGUAAAAAUGGAGUAUAUGGACAAAAUUGGGGAAACAAUGGUAUGGCUUGUUAUGAAAAUCCUAAUACUAGCAAAAGUGCACACUAUUUUGGGCAAGGUCAAAUUGGUAAUACAAAUGAAGUUAGUGAUAUUCGUAAUAAUAACAAUAAUAUAAUAUAUGAUGAUAUAAAUAAUUGUUACAUAUUGAAUAGAAAUAUAAUAAAGAAUACAAUGGUAAAUCAAACACCAACAGUAUCUGAACCAAUACAUUCUAACUAUGGUCGUAAUUUUUAUUCUGCAUAUUAUAAUAAUAAAGCAUUUAGUGUUCCAAAUAUAGGGACGAAAAAUAUGAAUAUUCCUAUAUAUAAUAAUCAAGUUUCCAAUAUUAUUGAUAAUAAUAAAAUGAAUAUCAUUGCAGGCUCUAACCAAUCAAUUCAACAAAUACCUCCUCAAGAUUUCAGAAAAUUUGGCACAUUCCCCGUAAUAACAGCUCAGAAUACUAAUAGCAUCGCGAAUAACAACAUUGCGAAUAAUAACAUCGCGAACAAUAACAUCGUGAAUAAUAAUUCUAUUAGCAAUAACUUGGAAAAAUUAAAUAACACCCAAUUAAAUACUGACAAGCUUAUGAAUAAUAAAUAUCUUUUUUAUGACAAUGGUCAGGCAUAUAUAAUUGGAGAUAAUAAAAUGCAUAACCCAAGUUUAGUAAAAAGUAUGAGUAGUUAUGCAGUACCAAAUGUAUGUUCUUCAUAUAAAAAUAUAUAA